AUGGCUGCAUCCAUUACCUCGACCCAUGGACAGCCGCAUGCUCGCAAGCCGCUGGCAAGCCAGAGGAGCGCCGGCGGCGAUAUGUCUAUAGCGUUCUUCGUCCAACCCGGCUGCCCUUCGAGAUUUGCCUCUUCAGACCAGCAUCGUGUCAAGGGUCUGAAUGCAGAGACCAUCGCGAGGGUCAUCCUCCCGACCCCUCCAUGGCUCGCAGCUCUGGAUUACUCACCCCUGCCUACCGAUCCUGCUGAUCCGUCUCCCUCCGUCUUCUUCAGCCUUAACUUAUCUAUCUACAAUCAGCAGAUUGUUCCUGACGACUGGCUCGACCAGUGGUUUUUUAUGGCUGGUCGUGUCCACCUAUUCGCGCUGACCUGGGAGGUUGAGCUGCGCGAUCAAGACUAUCAGCCAAUAUUACCUCUGAGCCUAUCUGCGACCGAUCAGUUUCCUCUUUCAUCCCCAAUUGUCAGUUUCACCGGCCCUAUUGUAGGUCCAGGCCCUGCGCUCCUACGCAAGGGAUCUGUGCCCGCCCUGGAUGAUGUCCAACUCAAGUGGUGCGGCUUCGUCCAGCUGACCGCAUUUCUUGCUCCUGGAAAUCCUGACAAGACGCCGUACAGAGGCCUCCAUCCCUUCCAGGUCUUUGUCAUCUUCCCCAUCCGCGCAAAUCCGUGGGCCUCGCUUUGCAAGAAGAUGACCGAGAGGCGAGACACCCAGUUCCAGAGCAAUGGUUUGCUGACCUGCACCGGCAAGGUGGCCGGCCUGCUUGGCCAUCAUCUCAUGGUGCAGCCGCCGACCCUCGAGCAGGACUACAUCUUCAUCGUUGUUCCGGACUCCUGGAACUUCCUCGACAAGGGAGUUUCCGGGUCUGGCUCACCAACACCGCCGCCGGGUGCUGCGACAUCAGCGAUCCGACCAUCAUCUUCUGCUUCGACCCCGGGCGAAUCGAUGCCAUCCGUCAUCUCUACACCAUCUACGCAGUACCACUACCUCUCCAUCUCACCGACGCCGAAGCGACCAACGUCGGGCGUCGAUUACACACCGCCUGCAAAGAGACCGUGCCAGCCGCCGACAUCCCCGACCACUAUCCCAUCCUUGGGAACAUAUCCUUCUGCCGGCAGCUCGAGCUCACCGGGAACUGUUGACGAGCCCGAACCAAGCCGUGGCGGGACUCAGCCCCCCACCUCGUCCUUCACGAGACCCCUCGCAUCAGCAACUCAUCUGCCUGUACCUACACCUGUCCUUGAUACGAUCAUGGCUGCUGUGUCAGAAUCAUCCAACCGUCUGAGCCGAAACCGCCAUCCUCUAAAGAACAAAUAUUUGGAAGAAGUAUCCAAGGUUUGA